AUGGAAUUUCGUACGUUUGUUAUGAUACUCUUGUGUGCAUCAUCGUAUGCCGAAGAUGAGUCUAAAAAUAUCAAACCAGUCGUUAAUGACGAGUCCACGCGAACGGAAGAGCCUCCAGAGGGAUAUUACGCAUUCGUCGAAUCACCGAAUGCGGAACCACCGAGAGUUCGGCCACCGCCCUACAUUGACAGCGAUAAAGAAUGUUACGGUAGCGAUAAACAUGGAAAAGGAUACGUUUCAAUACAUAAUAUAUGCGGAGAUUUAAAUAAAGGCUAUAUUCCGCGAAAUCCAAUGAACCAAUACGUAAAUGGCUCGUCAUAUCCUUUUGCACUGAUAAAAAACCACACUCUUAAGUUCCUCAGUAAGGCAUUACCAAUCCUCAAGGCUGACGAUUCGCUGCCAAAAGUCGCCAAAGUGCAUCCAUUGUCACAAAAUUCCGUUGAUAUAGACGAAGAAGAAAAACAUGAUAGGAGCAAGAGGUCUAGUCCAAUGGAUUCGACUUUAGUCACGGAUUCCAAUCGACAUGGUCGAAAAUUUUGCGAUAACGGUAGCGGAGUGAUGUGCAUGUUAUUUAAAGCGAUUCAAGGCGAGCCGAUCACGUCGUCGGCAUCGAUCAUCGAACGCCGGGACGAACCUUCGACGUCCGAUUAUCGGCGAGGAGAACGCGUUCCAUCGCAAGAGAAAACGGAAUAUACGGGCCCGCCGACACCAUGUCCAGCCAAAGUCGAGUACGCGACUCCGGUCUUCGCUAAGAAUUAUCAAGGUGUUUGGAGAUACGUGGUGCAGAUACCUUACGAAGGUUACUUUACGCAGACAAUUGAACUCACCAGAUGCAUGCAAUCGAGGUGCCAUUACUUGGACGGUGGAUGUUUAUCGUCGCCAAGGUGGACAAGUCUAUUGGUCGCUGAAAUAUUUUACCCGGACACGUUCUUAGAAGAUAAUCAAGGGGGUGCCGGUAUCGGGUCUGCUACUCGAGAUCCCGUCGCCGGAUCACCACCACCAGUUCACGAUUUUCAAAAUUAUCAGCAAUAUUUGCAGAAACGCGCGAGCACGGGAGAAGCACGUAACAACGGCGGUUCUCAACAUCAUUGUGAUGGUGUCGAUGAAAUGGGUUGCUUCCAAGUACGGCUAUAUUACGAUUGGUUCUUAGUACCGGGAAGCUGUAAAUGUUGGCGACCGGAUUACUUCAAUCGAUACGUCCGUCGUAGCGGCUCAAAUGUCGAAUUAUGAUGAACUUUACAUAGAAAUGUUUUGUAUAUUUUUUACAUUCUGAGAAGACAUCGCGCUGUUUUACUUAGCGAUUAUUUCAAUCGUUGCUCCGUGCACGUACGAAGUUAGGGCGACUUACCCGACAAUGAGUCAAUCUAAAUAUCGCACAUAGUCAU